AUGGAGAACAAAAUAAGUGACACAGCUUUUAACGUGUUUGAUGAAGUUCGCUUACAGGGCGAGCACACCGACGUCCUCAUCAAGGUUCAGGACACACAUUUUAAAGUGCACAAGAUCAUCCUUUGUGGCUGCAGCCCUUAUUUUAGAAUUCGGCUCCACAGGACGCUUUUCUCCAGCCAGUGGACCAACAAGGAGGAACAAUCCUACAAUGUUGCAGGAAUGUCCUCGGACACCAUGUCUCUUAUUAUUCAAUACGCAUACGCAAGACCAGUCCUCAUUACUGAAGAGAGCGUGCCAGAGCUAUUAGCGGCGGCUGAUCAGUUUUUAAUCUCAGGUCUAAUAGAUGACUGCUGCCAGUUCCUGGAGGCUAACUUAAGCCUGGAGAACUGCAUUGGCACCUGCAUGUUAGCAGAGUGUUUCCCCACCUGCUCCGCGUUCCUUCAGAAAACAAGGCUUUAUAUCCUGCACCACUUUGAGGAGGUGACGCAAGUAUCCGAGGAGUUCAUGGAGCUCCCACUGGGACAUCUAACGGAGAUGAUUGCUCAGGAUGAGCUGAACGUCAAACAGGAGGAGGUGGUUUUUGAGGCCAUCAUUCGCUGGAUUGGUCAUGCACCUGAAAACAGGAGAAAACACAUUGAUGUGCUUCUUUCAAAGGUUCGAAUGGGCUUGAUGUCACCAGACUAUUUCAUGACUGACGUCAGAAACAAUGCAUUGGUGCUGGAGAGCGAAGCAUGCUCGGAAAUCGUAAUCAAUGCAAUGAAGGUCAUUUUUGACCUCCACAUGGAAGAAACUGCCAGCUCAGAACUUGCAAAUAAACUGACACGCCCACGUUUGCCCUAUGAGAUCCUAUUGGCCAUCGGAGGGUGGAGCAUAAGCAAUCCCACCAAUGAGAUCGAGGCAUAUGAUGCAAAGGCGGACUGUUGGGUCAGUGUGACUCCAAAGGAUGAGCUUCCCAGAGCCUAUCUUGGCACAGCGGUCCUGGAUGGGUUCGUCUACUGUCUUGGCGGCUUUGACAGCGAGAAUUAUUUCAGCAGCGUGAGGAAAUUCAAUCCCAUCACUCAAACCUGGCAGGAGGUGGCUCCCAUGUAUGAACGUCGAUGUUAUGUUAGCGUUGCUGUCCUGGACGGCCUCAUUUAUGCCAUCGGAGGUUUUAAUGGAUUUGGACGGCUAAAAACAGCGGAACGCUACGAUGCGAACGCCAACCAGUGGACAAUGAUGGCAUCCAUGAAUGAACGGAGGAGCGAUGCCAGCGCCACAGCACUGCAGGGCAAGGUGAGCUCAUUUACACAUGACUCUCCACGCUCUACUGUUUACAAGUACUGCAGGAAACAUGUGGGACACUGUCAGUGUGUAAUGUGUGUCUGCCAGGUUUAUAUCUGCGGUGGUUUUACUGGGGUCGAGUGUCUCAUGUCGGCUGAGAGCUUUGACCCUCAAACGAACCAGUGGAGCCUCAUCGCUCCCAUGAGAAGCCGCCGCAGCGGUGUUGGGGUCAUCACUUAUGGAAAUCUCAUUUAUGCUGUUGGUGGUUUUGAUGGUGCCGCUCGUUUGCGAAGUGCCGAGGCCUACAACCCUCUUAAUGACACCUGGCAUGAUAUACGGUCUAUGAUAAACUCGCGCAGUAACUUCGGCAUUGAGGUGGUGGACGAUCAGCUGGUUGUCGUCGGGGGGUUUAAUGGAGUCGGCACCUGCCGGGAUGUGGAGUGUUACGACCGGAAGAUGGAUGAAUGGUAUGAAGCUUGCAGCAUGAGUGUUUCCCGCAGCGCCGUGAGCUGCUGUGUGAUCUCCGGGUUACCUGACGUCACACAGUACGUGGUGGACCGAGACUCUUUAGAGACGUCGGAUUACGAGUCUGACAGCGACUGA